AUGUCCUUUUUUUUUAACAUUAAUUCAGCCAUCCUAGAUUUUCAAACACCACGUGGGUUUACCUUCGAAAUAUCUAAAAUUCAGUCACCCAUGUUCAAUUCUUCAUAUUCGAUGAAUGCCUCUCCAACACUUAAUGGAUCGAUAAGUUAUCUUUUUACUUCCCGUCCAUUGGUGAUCGAACCGAGUUUUCAAUUGAACUUUGUAGAAAUGAUUGAUAGAUUUCAUCUUGACCCUCUUGCACGGGCCAACCGAGUGGAUAAUAUGAAAGGCAAUAUCAAUAAUGAAGAAAUCAAGCCAGUAAACGCUAUAUACUCAAGAAGGCUUUCUCCAUGGAUGCAAUGUGUCAUUACAGGUGUUAGUGAACCUAGAAUGAAAGCAGCCUCACAUUGUACAGGUGAGCUCCAAUAUGACGCCGGUAAAUGGUGUACCGAAGUUUCAUACACAACAGAUGGCGAAUUGUUUGGUUUAAGGGGACUUUAUAAUUUAUCAAGUCAUGGAUCAGAAGGAAAUAUAGAACAUGGGGAGGUGUUUACAAAUAAAAAAGAAGUUACGAUAAAUGAUGUUAAAGCAUCGGUUGUUGAAAGGAAUGCAUUUGAUGAACCAUCGAAUUCCGAUGAUGAUGAUGUAGUAGAAGCAUUAAAAGGCGAAUGGUCAAUUGGUGCUGAAUUAUACUAUGGAAUCCGAGAAAAAAGUGGGGGAGCGCAAUCACCACUUACGGUAACCUAUCUAUUUAAUCCUAUUAUGGGACAUAUGUCUGCUGCCUUUGCUGCUCAGAUAUCUGAAGAUUUAGCUUUGUGUCCACGAUAUGAAUUCAAUAUAUAUAGUUACGAGAGUGAUUUAACAAUCGGAGCUGAAUGGUGGCAAAGAGAGAGUUUCGAUGAUGUAAAUGCUGUGUCAAAUGAAAGUCCUGAACUCAAAGGAGAUGUUCAAGGUGUAAUCAAAGCCUCAAUCAGUACUGGAAAGGGAAUUACGCUUUUGUGGGAAGGACGAUACAGAAAAACUUUAUUUGGCUUAGGUCUAGUGACGAACUUAAAAUCGGGAUUCUCACCAAUACAGUCAAUUGGUUUUCAAUUUCAAUAUUUCUCGUGA